AUGCGUGAGGGGGACGCCAUCGUGUCGCUCGGCACUGUGUGCAUCAGCCUGUACCAAUGCCCGCCGUCGGUGUCCGGAGCGGGGGGCCGCUGCUGCUACGGUGUGGCGCGCGACUACCGCGGUGACGUCCUCGUGCCGUUCUACAGGGGCAGCACAGCGUACGCGGAGUUGGCGGCCGGCGUCGAGUACCGUCUUAACCAGUACACCGUCCUCCACGCGGAAGCCGCGGAAAAACGACAACAACAACAACAGCAUCUGCGCCAUACACGAGAGUCGGCGUGCGGUAACGGCUGUGGCUGUGGCUUCAACGGCGCGUACUACUGCUCACGCUGCGGCUCUGGUGGGGAGGAGGCGGACGGCGGCGGUGUUGCUGCCGCAUCAUCAUCAGAGACGCGGCGAGUGGCGAUAGACGCAUACCCGCGGGUGGUGGUGCGCAACUUCACGCGGGUGCGGCCCCGUGCACAUGACGAUGACACCGUCGUCUACGACGCAGUGGAUGACGGCGAGGAGGUGACAGAGAACAAUCUCUGCUGCUUCUUCUACUACGUCAUGGAGAAAACCACAAAGGGUGCGUCGCCGGUAGUUGCGAAGGAUGGCAGCACGACGCGUCCACUGAUUGGGCGAGACCACGUGCGUGCGUAUGCGUCGGACAGCGCGUACGACGACGGAGAGGCGCAGAAACACAUCGAGCUCAAAGUUGGCGAGCGCCUGCUCCGCAUCGGCACCUCCGCCGAGCAGAGGUUUGAGGAUAUCUUCCAGCGUCUCAAGAAGCGCAACAUUCACGUGCACCGCCUAUUUGACGGCGUGACGGGUGCCAGCAUCCUGCCGUGCGAACUCGUGCGCCACCUCAGCUGGAGGGUGUCGGCGCUGUGCGCAGAUGUCGUCCUCCCGCUUUCGGCGAGCGUGGGCGUCAAGCGGCGCCGCAACGGGGGGGAGGAGGAGGAGGAGGAUACAGCAGGAGCACUAGCAGAAGAUGUAGGAACUUUGAUUAGCCUGUCAGAUGUGCCGCCGUGUGCGUACGCCGGCAACACUCUGAGCCUGCAACUUGGCUCCUCCAUCAAUGAUGAUGUGGAUACUAUUGAGAUCGCAGAGGCCCCGUCGUGGCGCCACGAACAGCUGCUGCUGAAGACAACAUUUGGCUUUGACGAGGAUGACACCACAGUUCCCAUCGAAGACCUCUUUUCUCCUGCCGGCCGCGGUGUGCCACCAGAUGGCUCGGCAGAGCUGGUGGAGGGAAGCAGCCCUUUAAAGCCUUACUACUUGGACGAUGAUUCGUACAUGUCAACGGUGUAUGAUGGUGCUCCCGAGGGGAGCAGCGUUGCUGCAUCCGCAACGCCGAUGCGUAACGACAUUGACAUUGCGAUGGGUGACAGCAGCAGGCGUGGUGUGCGGCGCCGCAUGGCCCGGCAUGGCCGCGGGGAUAGGUCACCCAUCCUAGUCACGCAGCAAUCACUGCCAGAUUUCUGCUUGGGCAGCACCGAUGAAGAGGAGGAGGAGGAGGAGGAGGCGGAAAAAGAAGACGAUGGUUGA